AUGGCAGCAGAGAAAGGUUCCCCAGCAGUGGUGGGCUUGCUGGUCUUUGGAAACAUCAUCAUCCUGCUGUCGGGCCUGGCACUGUUUGCGGAGACUGUUUGGGUGACGGCAGAUCAGUACCGGGUCUACCCUCUGCUCGGGGUCUCUGGCAAGGAUGACGUCUUCGCAGGGGCCUGGAUCGCCAUUUUCACCGGCUUCUCCCUUUUCGUGGUUGCCAGCUUUGGAAUAGGAGCCGUGCUGUGCCACAGCCGAGGAAUGCUUCUCAUGUACCUGGUAUUAAUGCUGAUUGUCUAUGUGUUUGAAUGUGCCUCCUGUAUCACAUCAUAUACCCACAGAGACUAUAUGGUAUCCAACCCAGGACUUAUCACCAAGCAGAUGCUGACAUACUACAAUGCCCCCACGAGCCAGGGCCAGGAACUGACUCGUUUCUGGGACCGAGUCAUGAUUGAGCAACAAUGCUGUGGUACCUCAGGGCCCCUAGAUUGGGUGAGCUUCACGUCAGCCUUCCGAAAGGCCACCUCAGAGGUUGAGUUUCCUUGGCCUCCGCUGUGCUGCCGUAGGGACGCCAACUUCAACCCUCUCAACGAGGAGGGAUGCCGGCUUGGUCACCAAGACUACCUCUUCACCAAGGGCUGCUUUGAACAUAUUGGCCAUGCCAUUGAUAGCUACACCUGGGGCAUCUCUUGGUUUGGAUUUGCGAUUCUUAUGUGGACGCUGCCUGUGAUGUUGUUGGCCAUGUACUACUACACGAUACUCUGA